CAUGGCGCGGCUCUGCGGGCCCCGGCUGCCGCCGAUCGUCCGGAGCCUCAUCCCGGCGCUGGGAAGCGCCUUGGAAUGCCAGAGGGUGACCAGCAGCGCCUUCCUGGCCGAGCUCCUCAACCACAACGUGGUGAACGACCUGGUGCUGCUGGAGCCCAUCCUGGACGCGCUGACGGCUCUGGAGAAGGAUUCCUGCCUCCUGGUGCGCGUCCUGGCGCUCCGGGGGCUCGGCAACGUGGCCUCGGGAUCCCCGGAAAAGAUCCGGAGGCACGGCUCGCAGCUGCUGGCCUCCAUGGUCAACGGCAUGGACGACAAGGACGAUCCCAACAAUCUGCUGGCGCUGGAGGCCAUGUCCAGCCUCUCCAAAAUCCUGGAUCACCUGGAAGAGCGGGACGUGCAAUCCAUGCUGCUCCACAUCGCCAUCCGCAUCCGGCCCUUCUUCGACAGCGAACACGCGGAUCUCCGGCACUCCUCCAUCCUCCUCUUCGGGAACCUGUCCCGCUUCAGCCGCUCCGACUCCGAGGUUUUCUCGGAGCAGAUCCUCAACGGGCUGGUGACGCUCCUGCUGCACCUGCAGGACCCGCAGCCCGACGUGGUCAAGGCGUGCAAGUUCGCGCUGCGGAUGUGCGGGCCCAGCCUGGGCUGCGAGGAGCUCCGGGAAAUGUUCGGGAAUCACCUGCGGGAAGAGAGGGGGCUGCACUACGGGGAGUUCAUCAACGACGUCUGCAAGUUCCUGGGGCUGCACUACGGGGAGUUCAUCAACGACGUCUGCAAGUUCCUGGGUCUGCACUACGGGGAGUUCGUCUACGACGUCUGCAAGUUCCUG